AUGCUUCGUUUUACAAUUUUACUCAUAUCUGUUUUAGCACCAUUGACUAUUUCAAAAUCGAUAAAGAAACCGAAAUGUGAAGUAAUAUGUGAUAUUUAUUGUGAAUAUGGUCAUGUAUUAGAUGAAAAAGGUUGUCCAACAUGCACAUGUAAGCCAAGUCCUUGUGAAAAUGGACAAGCUCCAUUGUCAGGUUACUUUUGUGGUCGUGGUCCUACUCAUCAAGAUUGUCCAUCAAAUUCUACAUGUUUUAUUGCCCCAAAUGAUAGUUAUGCUGUUUGUUGUCCUUCAAAUGAACAAUCUGCAACAGAACAAGUGACAACAACUAUAAAAUCAGGUUCAUGUCCACCAUUAUUUGAUGAGCCAGAUAUUUUUAUUGUUAGAUGCAAAACUGAUAUUGAUUGCGAAGGAAAUUUCAAAUGUUGUGGUGAUUAUUCUCGCCAAUGUGUGAAACGAUAUACUUGA